GUGACGUCAUCAUCCCUCACCCGGCACUGGCUCUGCCUUCACUUCACACACACACCCGGCUUCAAACCAGCUUUGAAAGAAGACAAGCUCUCUAUUUGUUAUGGCCGAGCAUAGUGUCGUGGAGAAAAUGAGCAAACUGGAAGUGGACGGGGUUAAAAAGGUGGCAAACGACAGUGGUAAGGAUGGAGGGAAGAAGAAGGCCAAAAAUGCUGCUGGGGAUGCUACAACCAGGGCUGAGCUGUCUCCUCCCCCUCAGUACAUCGACGAGCGUCUUAAUUUGUAUGCAAAGCUGAAAGCCGAGCACGACGCUCUGAUGGCAGAGAGGGCUGCAAAGAACAGCAGAGCCAUCAAGGUGACACUGCCCGAUGGGAAGGUGGUGGAGGCGGAGUCCUGGAAGACCACGCCGUACCAAGUGGCCAGUGGAAUCAGUCAAGGCCUCGCUGACAACACGGUGAUUGCCAAAGUAAACAACAGUGUGUGGGACCUGGACCGACCUCUGGAGGAUGACUGCAGCCUUCAGUUACUGAAGUUUGAUGAUGAGGAGGCGCAAGCUGUCUACUGGCACUCCAGUGCUCACAUCCUGGGCGAGGCCAUGGAGCGGGUGUAUGGGGGCUGCCUCUGCUACGGCCCCCCCAUCGAGAACGGCUUCUACUAUGACAUGUUUUUGGAGAACGACGGCGUAUCGAGCAAUGACUUCCCCGGUCUGGAGACCCUGUGCAAGAAAAUCAUCAAGGAGAAGCAGCCUUUCGAGAGGCUGGAGAUAAAGAAGGAAACACUCCUGGACAUGUUUAAGUACAACAAGUUUAAGUGCCGCAUUCUGAAUGAGAAAGUCACCACGCCCACUACCACCGUCUACAGAUGUGGUCCCUUAAUCGAUCUGUGUCGAGGUCCUCAUGUGAGACACACUGGGAAAAUCAAGGCACUCAAGAUCCACAAGAAUUCUUCUACUUACUGGGAGGGAAAGGCAGACAUGGAAACCCUCCAGAGGAUCUACGGAAUCUCCUUCCCUGACCCCAAAAUGCUCAAAGAAUGGGAAAAGUUUCAAGAGGAGGCCAAGAACAGAGAUCACCGCAAACUAGGACGGGAGCAAGACCUCUUCUUCUUCCACGAAUUGAGUCCGGGGAGCUGCUUUUUCCUGCCAAAGGGGGCCUACAUCUACAACACGCUGAUUGAGUUCAUCAGAAGCGAGUACAGGAAGAGGGGCUUCCAGGAGGUGGUGACACCCAACAUCUACAACAGCAAGCUGUGGGUGACCUCCGGGCACUGGCAGCACUACAGCGACAACAUGUUCUCCUUCGAGGUGGAGAAGGAGACGUUUGCCCUCAAACCCAUGAACUGCCCGGGCCACUGCCUGAUGUUUGCGCACCGUCCACGCUCCUGGAGGGAGCUGCCCCUGCGCAUGGCCGACUUCGGCGUCCUGCACCGGAACGAGCUGUCCGGAGCCCUGACCGGCCUCACCCGAGUCCGCCGCUUCCAGCAGGACGACGCCCACAUCUUCUGCUCCAUGGACCAGAUUGAGGAGGAGAUUAAGGGCUGCCUGGACUUUCUGAGGACUGUGUAUGAAGUGUUUGGCUUCACUUUCAAACUCAACCUCUCCACCAGACCAGAGAAGUUUCUGGGAGUACCGGAGAUGUGGGACCAGGCCGAGAAGCAACUGGAGAACAGCCUGAACGAGUUUGGAGAAAAAUGGGUCCUCAACCCGGGCGACGGCGCUUUUUACGGGCCGAAGAUUGAUAUUCAGAUCAAGGACGCCAUCGGUCGAUACCAUCAGUGCGCCACAAUCCAGCUGGACUUCCAGCUGCCCAUUCGCUUCGACCUCAACUUUGUCAGCCAUGAUGGGGACGACAAGAAGAAACCAGUGAUCAUCCACCGAGCCAUCCUGGGAUCAGUCGAGAGGAUGAUCGCCAUUCUUACCGAAAACUACGGAGGCAAAUGGCCACUGUGGCUGUCACCCGGUCAAGUGAUGGUUGUACCCGUGGGACCGACCUGUGAGGAGUACGCCGAGAAAGUCAAGCAAGAGUUUCACAACAGCGGCUUCAUGACCGACGUGGACCUGGACCCCGGCUGCACGCUCAACAAAAAGAUCCGAAACGCACAGCUGGCGCAGUACAAUUUCAUCUUGGUGGUGGGAGAGAAGGAGAAGACGAGCAACACGGUAAACGUGCGCACCAGAGACAACAAAGUGCACGGCGAGCGCAGCGUGGAGGAGUGCAUCGAGCGGCUCAAACAGCUCAAGGUGUCCAGGAGCCGGAACGCAGAGGAGGAGUUCUGAGCUUUCAGCGGGGGCCUCGUGGUUAGGGGCAGCUUCUGACGAGGGAGACAAACGCCAGCAAACGUUGCCUAGCGUUUGCUUUUUUUUUUUUUUUGCAACAAUCAAAGAUUUUCUCACACAUUGCGCUAUCUUCUUUUUUCCCAUGUCUUCUUUCUGUAACUGUUUAUGGUUAGCAAGUAACACAAUGACUGUGGUCCCGUGCUGUUCCGACUAAUGCGAUGAGGUUGUUGAGCUGCUUUACAGAAGUGUACCGUAAAUGAAUCGAUUACGUCAUAGAACAUGUCUCAAAACUGUUUCCCUAAAUAUGGAGACGAUAAAAACAGAAGGGAAAACACUGUCUUAACUGUUUCUGUCGCUCGUUUUCAUUGGGGGAAAUUGUACAUGGGAUACAGUUUUGAUAAUUAAACAAUCUAUUCUUGA